UUUUAAUCGCACAUUGAACAAACACUGAAGUAGCCGGAGCGGACAGUGACAGGGGGGAUCUGCGCGGCCGAGCCGGGCGUGCGGGGCGGCCCCUGCCCGGGAGCAGUCUCCCGGCCAUCGCGCCCCCCCCUUUCUUGUCUUCCGUAGCUCGCUGGGGAGGUCGAUCGUGAGCUUUUUCACUUUUCAAGCCAUCUUGUUCCUCCGAGGUCUGCGUCCCUGGGCCGUGGAGUCUGCACGGGCCCGGGCAGCGAGACCUUGCAGCGGCGCUGUAGUGUAUGGAGCUCUGGGCGGGGGCUGGGCCCUCGGCGCUGCCCCCCGCCCGCAGCCCCGGCCAUGCCACCGCCUCGGCGCGCCCAGCCGCGGCCGCCGGGCCUCCGGGGCUGAGCCGGGAGCCGCGCGAGGAGGAGGCGCCGGCGGCGGAGCCCGCGCGGGAGCCGCGGCGGCGGGCAGCGCGGCGGACCCAGUACUAUGGCUGUGUACUGCUAUGCGCUCAACAGCCUGGUGAUCAUGAAUAGCGCCGAGCAGGUGAAGAGCGGCGGCCCCCGGCCCAGCGGCAGCGAGACGCCCCCAACGCCGGCGAGCGCCGUGCUGAGCCCCGGCAGCGUUUUCAGCCCCGGGAGAGGCGCCUCUUUCCUCUUCCCCCCAGCCGAGUCGUCGUCGCCCGAGCAGCCCGGGAGCCCCGGGGGCUGGCGGAGCGGCCGGCGCAGGCUGAGCGGCGGCGGCGGCGGCGGCGGCGUGGGCAGCCCGAGCAGCCCGAGUUGGGCGGGCCGCCCGCCGGGGGACGGGCAGCAGGCGGUGACCGCCGCGUCCCUGUCGCCCCCGGGGCCCGAGGAGGCCCAGAGGAAGCUGCGAAUCCUGCAGCGCGAGCUGCAGAACGUGCAGGUGAACCAGAAAGUGGGCCUGUUCGAGGCGCACAUCCAGGCGCAGAGCUCCGCCGCCCUGGCGCCCCGCAGCCCGCGUUUGGGCAGGGCUCGCUCGCCCUCCCCGUGCCCCCUCCGCAGCAGCAGCCAGCCCCCAGGGAGGGCCCUGGCCCAGAGCGAGGAACGCAGGACAAAGUCGUGGGGGGACCAAUGUCCGGAGACUCCGGAGGCUGGCCCUGGCCGGAGAGGAAGGGCGCCGGGCCUGUGCCUCUCCGAGGGCGGCGAGGGGGCGGCCCCUCUCCCCGGCCCGGCCGCCGUGUCGGAACCAGGGGCGCGGGGUGCCGCAGCUUCUGCAAGAAUGGAGAAGGGGAGCCCCGCCAGACCCCACUGUGGCGCACCCCGACUUAUGGAAACUGACGAGAGGGUCUCUCCGCCCUCGGGGACACGCAGCUGCCCGGCUCCCCCGUUGGGGCUGCCCGGCGUCAACUUAGCGAUGGCCGCAGAGGUGGCAGCGAGAGCCACAGCCAGUGGGCCACACCAUGCACACGACCCUGGCCUCCCCGAGCGGCCGAGGGAGCCCCUGGUGCAGAGUCAGUGGCAGCCUCUGGGCAGUGCAACAAGCCUGGCCCCGGAGAGGGGCGGGCCCCUCAGCGGAGAGCCCCCCGGGAAGAUGGGGAAGAAAGAUCCGCCUGGUGGCGGUGGCGGUGGCGGUGGCGGUGGCGGUGGCGUGCGGGGCUCCGGGGCGCCUGAAGCCAGAAGGCCCGAGGACGGGACUGUGAACGCACCCUCCCAGCUUUCUGAGAGCCGGGUCAGGCCACUUCCAGACCCGGGCUCCUCCGGAGGCCCCGAGGUGACCCGGGGUGGGGCCCCGGUGGUUGGGGAGCCCCCGCAGCGCUCCAGGGGGGCGGAUGAAGGAUCUCUGACGCCCACGACCACCCUGGGCUUGCUCGGGGGCCUCUGCUCAGGGGCCUCCACCCGGGAGUUGGAGGCUGGAAUUGCCUCUGGUGGAAUGCUGGAGCCUUUGCCUUCCUGGGAAACCGCAAAAGAUCCGAAAGAACCUCCGUGCCUUUCAGGGGACAGGGUGGCCGUGCCGGUGGAGGCAGCCCAUCUGGCCUGGACGUGUGGCACAGGGGUACCCUCGGAAGGCCCUUGGGGAAGCCCCCAGCAGGACAGAGCCGCCCAGCCCAGCCCUGAGCUGCUCUCCCCAGAUCAGAAGGACCAGCCUUCCCUGAAAGAGGCUUGCAGCCCCAGCAGUAUACCUGCUGUCAUCAUUACCGACAUGGGUGCCCAGGAGGACGGGACCUUAGAGGACCCACAGGGAAGCCCUCGGGGUAGCCUGCCGCUGAGGAAGCUGUCCUCUUCCUCUGCCUCCUCCACUGGCUUCUCCUCCUCCUAUGAAGACUCGGAGGAGGACAUCUCCAGUGACCCUGAGCGCUGCCUGGAUCCCAACUCUGCCUUCCUGCAUACCCUGGACCAGCAGAAGCCCAGAGUGAGCAAAUCAUGGAGGAAAAUAAAAAACAUGGUGCACUGGUCUCCCUUUGUCAUGUCCUUCAAGAAGAAGUACCCCUGGAUCCAGCUGGCAGGACACGCAGGGAGUUUCAAGGCAGCGGCCAACGGCCGGAUCCUGAAGAAGCAUUGUGAGUCCGAGCAGCGCUGCCUGGACCGGCUGAUGGCCGAUGUGCUGAAGCCCUUCGUGCCCGCCUACCAUGGGGACGUGGUGAAGGACGGAGAGCGCUACAACCAGAUGGACGACCUGCUGGCUGCCUUUGACUCGCCCUGUGUGAUGGACUGCAAGAUGGGCAUCAGGACCUACUUGGAGGAGGAGCUCACCAAAGCCCGCAAGAAGCCCAGCCUCCGUAAGGACAUGUACCAGAAGAUGAUCGAGGUAGACCCUGAUGCCCCAACCGAGGAGGAGAAGGCCCAGCGCGCUGUGACCAAGCCCCGGUACAUGCAAUGGAGAGAGACCAUCAGCUCCACCGCCACUCUGGGCUUCAGGAUCGAGGGCAUCAAGAAAGAAGACGGCUCUGUGAACCGAGACUUUAAGAAGACCAAAACGAGGGAACAAGUCACCCAGGCCUUCAGAGAAUUCACUAAGGGGAACCGCAACAUCCUGAUCGCCUACCGGGACCGGCUGAAGGACAUCCGGGCCACCCUCGAAGUAUCUCCUUUCUUCAAGUGCCACGAGGUCAUCGGCAGCUCGCUCCUCUUCAUCCAUGACCAGAAGGAGCAGGCCAAGGUGUGGAUGAUCGACUUUGGGAAGACCACGCCCCUGCCCGAGGGCCAGACCCUGCAGCACAACGUACCCUGGCAAGAGGGGAACCGGGAGGACGGCUACCUCUCGGGCCUGAACAACCUCAUCGACAUCCUGGCAGAAAUGUGCCAGGGCUCCCCGCUCGCCUGAGCCCCCCUCCCACCCCCCUACCCCACGCCCGCCUCACUGCACCCUCCCUCCUCCCCUUCUGCUUCCUCUCUCCUCAAUUUCACCUUCAUGUCCACCUGGGUGCAAGCCCCAAAACUGACCCUCCCGAUCUGCACUACAGGAUACAUUGUAGAGAGGAGACUCAGGUUUCCAAGAGGAGAUGAGAGAUUUUUCUGGUGACUUUGCUCUUGGAGCUGGGGCUUCAGCGGCUCUCUAUAAGUAGGAUCGCCAAGCAGAAGCUGAAUGCCCAGACCCAGGCUCCACCGCCUGCAGGGAGGCUCCGUAGGGUUUAGAUCUGGAGGAAGGCUCAGGUGCAGUGGGGUGGGUCCCUAAGGCCAGAGCCGGCCCCAGCCUGGGCCUCGCGUCCUACGGGGGCCUGCUGCCCCCUGGUGGCCGGUGCAGUUCGUGCCACUGCCAGGCUCAGCCUGUGUGUGUUCCAUCCUCUGAGGCUGGGGGCCCAGGUGAGGAGCCUUGUAAUAACCCCGCUUCAGCAGGUGCCUGGCUGCAGGCUUCUGGUAGUUGGGGCACAAAAACCACUGGGAACUGCAUGUGGGCCAUGAGUAAAGCACUCGCUGCUUAGUGGCCUGGGUCGCCCACAGACGCGUGGUGAUUUGCUCAAGCAGGGACCCACCCAGCUGGUAGUGCCAACCCUCCAGCUUUGGGCCAGACCCCAAGAGCCAGGAGAAUGCUGCUGUUGAUCAGCUAUGCUCUCUGACCUAGGCAUUCCUAGGCGGGGGCGGGAGCUGUGUUCUUCCAUCUGAUUAUCGCCCUCUGCAUUCAGAGGACACUGCAAACCUGAGCUUCCAGGAAUGUCACCCAACCCUCAGAGUCACUUGUGCCUCCAGCUCCCUACCUUGCUAUGGCAAGGUCUGGGGCUCUGGGUGGGGUGGCCCAGGGCACGCCAGCCCCCAGAGGAAAAAGAACAGGACCUUUAGAGCACACUCCCCUUAUAUCCCUUCAACCCCUCACCACCACCGCCUCCCCCCAUGCGUCGCUGGGCUUUCAUGAGCUGAAAUCCCCAGCAGAUUGGGGGCAGGGCUUGCAGGCAGUGCUGGGCAGGUCAGAACCAGGUUUCUGGUUUACUGGCCUCAUUCCCCACAAAAGUAACUCCUAAGGCCUGAAAGGCUCAGACCCACAUUUCCCACAGGUGGUGUGGGCAGCUCCCAGGAUGGGUGGUGGCUGCCAGGGGCAGGGAGGGGGUGCUCCAGGCAUCUCCUCCUGGUGCUUCUAGGUUGCUUGAAGAUUACUGGGGAGCUAAUUAAGCCGUAUUUUAAUUUUUGAGCAAGCCAAUUAUUGAGAAGAAUGUAAAAUUGGCAUGACUUUUGAAGAACAAAGACCUCAGUUCUGUGUCCAUUUGGCGAUGUGCUCCUAGGUGCACCCCCCUUGCCAUUGGAGGCGCAGGAGUGCCCAGAAUUGUGCUCUGACCUGUCAGCAGGCCCUGGGGCCAGUUGCUCUGCAGGGAGCUGUGUCAGGACAUGGUGGAGACAUGUGUACCCGGAUAUGUGAGCCUGGAGGGACCAAUCCAGAGGCAGGACUUCCUGGGCUGCCCCCCUGUCGCUCCAGGGUCUGGGGGGGGGGGGGGCUGUGACUUCCCCAGGCCAUGCCAGCAUUUCCCCUUUCCUGCUGGGUGAGUGACAGUUGGUGGGGGCGGAGGGUAAGACACAUGAGGAUGUGUAAGUACAGAUUUUAAAAAAGGAAAUCGCUCUGAAGCUUACUGGCUCUUGUUCAAAACCGUGGUGAGCUCCCGCGUGGGGUUUGCUAAAAGACACACAUACCCCCCCCCCCACCAGCCGGCUGAGCACGAGAGGCCUCGUGACAGCAUGUGACCCGGUGAAGGCAGGAGCACCAAAGCCAGCUCUGGACCUCUGGGGCCGGAGUCACUCGCCACGGCACAGAAGGGGCCUGGUGGUCCGCACACCUGAGGUCUGCGGGGAAGGGACAUUGCUCAUUCAGACAUUGAGAUUCGUGAUUCCACCGCACUGGGCUGGCCAAAAGCCACCCUCCCUCUAUUGAUGAAGAAAGUUUGCUGAAGCAAAUUAAUGCUCUGAACAAAAAGUGCAGGGGACCAGCUCAAUAUACUUAAGAGAACAAAUUUUCCAAGCACUUUAAACAGGCGCCAAUUGUUGGCCAACAAUGCGCUAAAAUGCAAAUGAUUUGUUUGUUAGAGGAGGUCCAUGGUGGCCCUCACUGGUAAUAGGUUGCUUUAGGUCACAUUCUAGCUGUGAAAGUGGUAUGAAGUGGCAUCUUCUAGGAUUAUGCUCUUCCUUAGGGGUUGGGGUUUUGUAUUUACUUGCCAGCUCUCCUCUCGUACCUCUUCUCUCCAACUUCCUGCCACCCUGCCUCCCCCUUGUCCUAGAGGGUUAGAUGGAUCUGGAGUGGAGUUUCCUUGAACCCUUCCCAGCCUAGCCUUGGGUCCUGGCCGCUCAGGUGCCAGGAGGGCGGGACAAGCCACGUGCACCUGUGUCCAGGUGAGCGCCACCCUCCCCCCCCCACGGGCAUUCUCAGUGUUCAGCAUGCUUAGCGUAUUCGAGGAAGGUUUCUCUACUGCUCAUCCCCAGACUUGCCUUUAGUGUCAUGUAAGAAGUUUUUAAGUUAUAUUUAUUUUUUUCCGGUUUUUUAAUUGCACAAAACACUAAGACUGGGAGGCUGGAUUCUGUUUGUUUGAAAGCUGUGCCUUCUUUCUGAACUCCCUUUCCUGCUUGGUGGAAAGAGCCCGGACACAGCACUGCCCCCCCCCCCAGAUGGACUCUUUCCCCUGUGGGCUGUAUCUAGCUGUGAGAUUUCCCCGCAUCUAGGCCACCCUCUGUGUGUAUAUAACCCAGGCCGCUGGUUUGGGAAGAGGCAGGGUGUUCGCCCCCUGCCAGGGCCUUUCUUCUGGAGGAGACGACUCCCCAGAGGGUUCUCCUUCCCUCUGUACCCCUUUUGCCAAGACACCUGGACAAAACAACUGUUACAGACCCCCCUCCCCCAUACAGUGCCUGUUGAAUAGACCGCAUUGCUCUGUACCUUCCCGAAUAAAGGCCCAAGAGACCGCA